CCAUUUUCAUGUUCAGAAUGUGGGAAAUGUUUUACCAAUAAUUCAGCUCUUGUUACACAUCAGAGAAUUCACAGAGGAGAGAAGCCAUUUUCAUGUUCAGAAUGUAGUAAGCGUUUUACUCAGAAAUCAUAUCUUGUUGUACAUCAGAGAGUUCACACCGGGGAGAAGCCAUUUUCAUGUUCAGAAUGUGGAAAAUGUUUUAAGCAGAAAUCGGUUCUUGUUGUACAUCAGAGAAAUCACACCGGAGAGAAGCCAUUUUCAUGUUCAGAAUGUGGGAAAUGUUUUAACAAUAAUUCAUAUCUUGUUACACAUCAGAGAAUUCACACAGGAGAGAAGCCAUUUUCAUGUUCAGAAUGUGGGAAAUGUUUUAACGAUAAUUCAUAUCUUGUUGUACAUCAGAGAAAUCACACAGGAGAUAAGCCAUUUUCAUGUUCAGAAUGUGGUAAAAGUUUCAACCGUAAAUCAUAUCUUGUUGUACAUCAGAGAGUUCACACCGGGGAGAAGCCAUUUUCAUGUUCAGAAUGUGGAAAAUGUUUUAAGCAGAAAUCGGUUCUUGUUGUACAUCAGAGAAAUCACACCGGAGAGAAGCCAUUUUCAUGUUCAGAAUGUGGGAAAUGUUUUAACAAUAAUUCAUAUCUUGUUACACAUCAGAGAAUUCACACAGGAGAGAAGCCAUUUUCAUGUUCAGAAUGUAGUAAGCGUUUUACUCUGAAGUCAUAUCUUGUUGUACAUCAGAGAGUUCACACCGGGGAGAAGCCAUUUUCAUGUUCAGAAUGUGGGAAAUGUUUUAACCAGACAUCAAUUCUUGAUAAUCAUCAGAGAGUUCACACCGGAGAGAAGCCAUUUUCAUGUUCAGAAUGUGGGAAAUGUUUUAACAAUAAUUCAUAUCUUGUUACACAUCAGAGAAUUCACACAGGAGAGAAGCCAUUUUCAUGUUCAGAAUGUGGGAAAUGUUUUAAGCAGAAAUCGGCUCUUGUUGUACAUCAGAGAACUCACAGAGGAGAGAAGCCAUUUUCAUGCUCAGAAUGUGGGAAAUGUUUUAAGUAUAAACAAGCUCUUGUUACGCAUCAGAGAAUUCACACAGGAGAGAAGCCAUAUCCAUGUUCAGAAUGCAGUAAAUGUUUUAAGCAGCAAUCGGCUCUUGUUCUCCAUCAGAGAGUUCACACAGGGGAGAAGCCAUUUUCAUGCUCAGAAUGUGGAAAAUGUUUUAAGCAGAAAUCAAUUCUUGAUAAACAUCAAGAAACUCACAGAGAAGAGAGGCCAUUUUCAUGUUCAGAAUCUCUGUCUGCCCAUGGAAUAACUCCACAUGGGGAACAGGCAUCUGUAAUGACUACUGUUUCUGAUGCUAAACUUAAUGUCAUCUAA